CCAAGUGGCUGGCAGAGAUAAUGGGCGCGUGGGGCAAGCAGUUUGCGGGGUGGCAGAAGUACGGGUUGUGUGCGACCGCGUGGGGUCUGACCUGCACGGACGUGUCGGGGCGAGUUUCUUCCAUGUCUCUCCCAUCGCAGCAGCUGAGUGGAGGUAUCCCAUCCGCCAUAAGCCUCUUGACCUAUCUCACACGCCUGGACUUGAGCUCCAACCAGCUCUCCGGCCCCCUUCCUGACUUCCUUGGGGCGCUGCUCAACCUUCAAUACCUAGACUUAAGCAGCAACUCGUUUGACGGAACCAUUCCCAGCAGCUUCAGCAACCUUGUGAACCUGCGAUCGCUCUCUCUGCACCACAAUCAAUUAUUGGGCCCCAUUCCCCCUUUCAUCGACCAAGCCAAGCUCCUCUCCCUCGUGGACCUAAGCAGCAACAACUUCACAGGGCCCAUUCCGCCUCAGAUCGCCACUCUCACCAACCUCACCACCUUAAGCUUGGGUGGGAACGAGGGACUGGUUGGCAGCAUUCCAGAGGCAAUAGGCAACCUCACGUCCCUGGAGUCUCUCAAGCUGGGGUCAACUCAGCUCAAUGGCACCCUGCCUCUCAGCUUGAGCCGUCUUGCUCAACUCACCAUGCUUGACAUCAGCAACACGGCAAUCAGCAGCUCAGUACCUGCUUUUCUUGGAAACCUCUCUGAUUUCCUCACCUUCAUGAAGAGCAGCAGCAUGGCAUGCAACAGCACCACCGACAGCAGCAGCAGUGUGUGCGCGCUGGUCAGCCCCUCAACAGUCUCCCGCAACUCAGCCUUGUGCCGGGAGUGCCCCGACCUCUGCUCCACGUGCCUCCCAGCCGCUCCCGCGCCCACCGACCCCUCACAACCCUCAGGCUCCUCCUCCUCUUCUUCCACCGGGCUCAUAGUUGGGGUGGCUGUGGCAGUGGCCGUGCUGCUGCUCCUGCUGCUGUGGGCGGUGCUGUGGUGGUGGAGAAGACGGGAGCAGGGGGAGAAGCAAGGCCCAUCACCCUUCACGGUCGCUGUUGGGGAGGGAGAGGAGCCCAUCAACUGCCAGCAGUACUCGAUAGAGGACAUGCGGCGGGCCACAGCGGACUGGUCGUCGCGGAACCGCAUCGGCACGGGGGGCUUUGGAGACGUGUUCAGAGGGGCAUCGCCGUACGACCCCACUGUCUUCUGGGCGGUGAAGCGAGCUCGUGUACUUACAAACGACUUCCUUAAAGAGAUUGAGCACAUGGCGAGCAAGAAUCAUCCGUGCCUGGUGCGGCUGCUGGGGUUCUGCCACGACUACAACCCGCGCACCCAGCGCAUGGAGCAGAUUGUGAUCUAUGAGUUCAUGGAUAAUGGCGACCUGUCCCAGUGGACCAAACCAGGUAUGAGUGAACGGGGGGAGGGGAGGGAGUAA